CUUUAGAAAUAUGGAAGCAACAAUUUGGAGGUGGUCGAAUUAGUGCAGAUCUUCUAAAAACUCAAUUGAAUUUGUACAAAAACCAAAAGUAUCCCUUUAAAGAUAAAUUUAUUGCAUCUGCUAAUACAAUUACUAAUUGGGUGGUAUUUUGGAAAAAGACUAAGCAUCAAAUGCCUGGAGAUUAUGGCUCAGAUGCACUCGAAGAGUCGAUUUCUUUUUCAGAAGAACUUGCGAAAGAACUGAUAGAAGAAGAUAUGAAAAGUCUUUCAGAUGAACUAGAUGAUCUAGAUCAAGAAAACUCUACAAAUUUUAACCAUAAAUUUACAAUCAAAAUUAGAUAUUGA